AUGAAUUGUAUUACAACUUCUAGGUUCUCCUUGAUGUUUAAUGGCACAUUACAUGGCUUUUUUGAAGCUAAGAGGGGGAUAAGACAUGGGGAUCCUAUGUCUCCCUUGUUGUUUGUCUUGGGUAUGGAGUACUUAUCUAGACUGAUGAUGAAAGUUGGGGAAAAAGAGGAUUUCAAAUUCCAUGGUAAAUGCUCUAAUCUUAAACUCAAUCAUCUUGCAUUUGCUAAUGAUGUUCUCUUAUUUUGUCAUGGUGAUUUCAGGAGUAUACUCUACAUGUUACAGGCACUAAAAAAUUUCUCACUUACAUCUGGAUUGCAUCCAAAUGCAAGUAAAACUGCAAUAUAUUGUAGUAAUAUGCAGAGUGGAGUUGUGAAUCAUAUUAUCCAGAUUUCAGGUUUCAUACAGCAAGACAUGCCUUUUACUUACCUAGGAAUUCCCAUUUGUGGGAAAAAGAUAUCUGGGAAAGAAUGUGAACUCUUAGCUGAGAGAAUGACUGCUAGAAUUAAAAGUUGGAGUUCCAGGAUUCUCUCCUUUGUUGGGAGAAUCACUCUAAUAAACUCUCCUCUAACUGCUAUACAGGCCUAUUGGAGUCAAAUGAUGAUCUUGCCAAAGAAAGUUUUGAGAUCGAUUGAAGCCAUCUAUAGAGCUUUUCUUUGGAAAGGUCAAGCAAUGUUCCAAGGAGCAGGGUCAGUAGCUUGGAAUAAUGUGUGUCAAUUGAAGGCUUCAGGUGGUUUGGGAAUCAAGAACAUAGAACAUUGGAAUAAAGCUGCCAUCUGUAAGUAUAUAUGGGCAAUCUCAAAUAAGUAA